AGCCGGGACGUGCACGUGUGUACCAUAAACAAAUACUGUUGUUAUCGGGCCAGAUUUUAGUGUGGGACAUCACUGGAGAUCAUAGACUAGUGUCUCACGCCCUUGGAGGAAGCGGAAGAGGAGUUACGAAGGUAAAAUUGUAAGGGCAUUCCAGGCGUAGUGUUACGAGGCUUCAAUGAUGGCCAUCUCAAGUGGCAACGUGCUGAAGAGACCCAAGGUGGUGGAGGAGUCUCAUACUUCAGACUCAGAUGAUGACCAGUCUGAGGAGGAGGAGGAGGAGGAGCAGUUGGAGGCAGGGGAUGUGGAAAUCAAGGAGGAGGUGGAGGAUGAUUACUUAGAUCAAUCUAACUAUGAAGGGGAUAGUUUCACUGCAUUUUCCACUAAUGACGACAUCACUGAAUUUAAGGGAGAAGAAGAGGAGGUGGAGGAGGAAAAUAAAGCUGAAAGGAGUAUAAAUAGAACCAAACCACAGAAACAUAAAACAAAAAGGACUAAAACAGUGAAGAUUAAAGAAACAGAAACUUAUAGUGAUGAUUCUGAUGAUAUGGAGGAUGAUUUUGAUGAAGGAGAAAGUGAGGAAGAUAAUUUUGGGGAUGAUGAGAGUGAGAAGGAGGAGGAAGAUGGUGAAGACGGUAAAAAGAGUGGCUCAGGUUUGGCAGACAUGAUGGCCAAGAUCCUGGGAACAAAAAAAUCAGGGGAUAUCAUAUUGUCCAAGGCAAAGACAGACAUGGAGGUGAGGAAGAGCAAGAAGAGGAAGCAGGAAGACACAUUUGAGAUUGUGGACAGCAGCGGUCAGAUUAAAACUGAACCAUUGGUGGAUAAGAUAAAAGAGGAAGAGGAAGAUAAGAAGCCACCAGUGUCUCAACAUGAGAGAGAUUUAUAUCGAAAGCUAUGGGAGGAGAAAUUCCGUAAGAAGCCAAGCAUCAUAGAGGACAGAGAGAAGGAGCGAAAAUUGCGUGUACUGGCAACGCAAGGUGUAGUACAGCUUUUCAGUGCCAUUGAGAAGCACAAGACCAUGAUGCAGGUGAAGUUGUCACAGUGCCGCAGCAUCAUGGGGCGGGAGAAGGUACUGGAGAGCACAGGGAAGGAGGCCUUUCUGGACAUCCUCAAGCAACAAGGGAAGAGAGUGAAGAAGGAGACAGAACCAGAGGGAAGUGAAGAAGGAGGAGGAUGACCUUGUGAAGGAGGAAAUAAAAGAUGAGCCAUUGGAUCUCCAGCCUCCUGUGAAGAAAAAACCAAAAUGGAAUGUGUUGUCUGACAACUUCUACAAGGAACCAACACUGCAUGGCUGGGACCAAGAGAGUAAUGAUGAAGAUGAUUAAAACACACACACACACACACACACACACACACACACACACACACACACACACACACACACACACACACACACACACACACAUAUGGAGAUAUGGAGACGGGGCCACACAAGCAUAAAGCCCAGGCCCUGUAAAACUACAACUAGGUAAAUACACACAACAUGGAACAACAGUGGAAUGAUAAUAUGUAUGUAUUUUAAAAAAAAUGUUAAAUUUGUUCAUUGUGUUGUUUUAGUGUCAUCCAUUAAAUCAUAGAUUUGCAGUUUAUGCAAAAUGGGAUUUUAAAUGAAUGUAAGUGAUUUCCAGAUUUAAUACAUAACAAGAUUUAAUUUUUUUUUAUCAAUUUUGUUUAUGAUUGAUCUUACAAUGGACAAAUCAAACAGUACAGUGAGUUGUGCAGGUUAUAGGUAUGAAGAUGACAUGUCUUUACGGUAUUUUUAGGCAUGUCAAAUUCUGUCAUUUUGAAACUACCUAAGGAAGCUAUUAUAGUGUUGGCAAGAGGUAUUAAGGACACUUGAGCAGGGUUGCCUUCUUAAUAAGAGUCACUAUCAAAAUUAAUAUAUCUGCUGUAUACCUUUCAUCUAACUCUAAUUGAAAUAUUCUUUGAAUAAUUAACUUCCAAAGUAGAGCACAUCCUGACUCCAUUCUUGAAGACCUCGAUGUUCAUCACCAUCUUUGGUUUUCUCUCCUCUCACUGACCAUCCUGGUGAACUAAGUCUUAACUUUGCUAUCCUCCAUGACUUAGAGCAGUUGGUGCAACAUCCUUGUAUUCCUGACCAUAUUGGGGAUACAGCUAAUUUUCUUGGCAUUAUACGAACCUCUAAUAUCACUAUUUAUGCUGUCACCCUAUCUUCUUCAUUAAGUUACUCUGAUCACAAUCAUUUGUGUGUAUCUUUUCCUAUUUCCCCAAUCCAUCCUUAGGAUCCCCAAAGCAGAGGUGCCUCAAGGCAUUUGGCCUCUGGUAAUUAAGGGACCUGAGGAGAUAUUAUGCCCAUUUUUCUUGGAAUAACUACUGCUUUUGUGUCAGAGACCCAUCUUUGUGAUAGUGUCUGGCAUGGACUUGUACUUUCUUCAUUCUUUUUCUCAACCUAAACCUUUCAAAGCUUAAUUUAACAAAGCCUGUUCUCAUUCUUUACGUGACAGAGGUUGCCCACAAAACUACUUGAGCCUUCUAUCACCUGAAUUUCAUACUCUUUUUUACUUUUCCCUGGAAUCAUGCCAAGUCUGUUCUCCAACAUGCCAAAAACUUCUUGAUUAAUAGAGUGUCAAAAUCUUUCAAGAUCAGACCCCCUUGUGACUUUCUGGUGUUUUGGCAUCUAACCCCCAAAAAGCACAUCCAAUAACUUUGCUUCCUCAUCUUUCUCUUUUUGUUAAUUUUCAUCCUGAUCUAAUUAUAAAGCUGAUCUCUUUUCUCAAACCUUUAAUGAUAACUUUACAUUGGAUGAUUUAGGGUUUGUAUCCUCUCUUUCACCCUCUAACUAUUUCAUGCUGUCCAUUAAAAUCCUUCCCAGUGAUGCUUUCCUUACUCUCACUGGCCUAAACCUUUGGAAGACUUACGGACCUGAUAGCUUCCCUCAUAUUUUUCUCUGAAAUUGUGCCUCCAUACUAUCACCUUGCCUAGUCAACCUCCUUCAUCUCUGUCCUUGCUGGAAGUUUGCCUACAUUCAACCUCUUAUAGACUUUAACCCCUCAACUACUGUAUUGUCCUAGUACUUUGAUUACUUAAUUCUUUUAUUUUUUAUUUAUUUAUUUAUUUAUUUUACUAUUCUCAGUAUAUUUAUCAUUUUACUUUUUUUUUAUCUUAUCACCAGCUUGGUUUCUGUCAAAACCACUAUUUAUCGGUGAUUAUUACUGAAUCUUGGUCAUCCGUUUUGGGCAUAUUAAAAUUGUUGCUGUUGCUGUAAGUACACAUCAACAGCUUUUGAUAGUCUAACACAAAUUACCCUAUAAUGGCUUUUAUCCUUUUCUCGUCAACAUCAGGCAAUUUUUUUUUUUUUUUUUAUUAUUUUUUACCACCGUUCUAGUGCAGUUGUGGUCAACAGUCACUAUUGUUCUACUGAGUUUUGAUAAAAUGACAAUAGUAUUCCCCAGGGUUCUAUUCUUCCACCCACUUUCUUCUUAUUCAUCAAUGAUCUAAAUCAAACUCCUUGUCCUAUUAAUUCCCCCGCUGUAUGUGACGAGGAAGCACAAUGUAAUAAAUAUAUAUUAAUUGAAGAAGGCAACCUUACAAGACAGCAGAUUUACGAAUAGAAAGAUAGAUAAAAGAAAAUGGAAAUAAGGGAUAGUGGGCCUGGACGUGUUAUACGGGUGGCUGGUGCAGAGCUGCCAGAUGCAGGGAAAUUUCCCUGUUUUAGGGAAAUUUAGGUCUCAACAGGGAAACAGGGAAGAAAAUUCAAAAUGUUCCAAAAUCUAGGGAAAUUUUGACCAACGGACUCACACCCUUCAUCCGCAGUCCUCACCCUUGUCCUCCUCCCAUCCUCUUCACCCGUCAUCCGUACAAUAAUUAUUUGUAUUAAUUUUUAUCAAUUA